GCGAAUUACAAGCCAGAAAGUGCUCAGGGACAACGCCUUCUUACCUGUGCCAGCAGUCUUGGGCACUUAUGUGCCAAUCGGGCUCAUUUGGUGGUUCGGCUUUCAAUACUUCUUCAUGGACACCUCUGCUUCUCUCCUGACCGAGCUGAACAUGAAGAGAUUCCUCAUCUAUCAGAUCCUUCAUGGACUCCUUGGCCUUGGUGCUACCUCAUCCCUUUUGGGCUUCCGUUUCAAAUGGCACCUUGGCAGCACAGGCAUCCACUUCUUGAUGCCCGGGACGAUCUGCUCGCCUCUGUUCCCGCGGGUGGCCCACGUUCUGAACCUCGGCCGUGGUGUUCCCGGACAGCGCUCCAUUUUGGCCGUGCUUAGCUUUGCAAUCUACAUUGCCACGCUUGUGCGUGCAUUGCGGGCUCCAGAGCUGGGGCAGGGGCAGCUGGUGCCCAUCUACUUGGCACUGGGACUGUGCACGACUUUCGAUUUCACCAUCUACCUCGCAAGCCGCGGUGAGCACUACGUUUACAUGCUGGCAUGCCUCAUGUUCACAGAUUGGCGUAAUGGGAUGCAGUGCGUGCAGUUGGCACUGUGGAGUUGGGCAGGAGUCUCCAAGAUGGGACCUUGGUUCCAGUAUGUCAUCCCCUUCAUCACAAAGGAUUCUGCGGUAGCCAACCUCCUCCCAAGGGGCUUCCUUGCCAAGAUCUUGCUGAAAAACUACCCGAAGGAUGUCAACCCCAGCGUUUUGACAACUGUUCUGGCCUGGACCGGUGCACUGUUGGAAAUUAUCUUUCCUGCUUUAUGCGCUAGCUCAGCGCCUCUGAGUUAUUUUGGUGCCUAUGGUAUGAUUUGCUAUCACACUUUCAUUGGGAUAUGCAUGCCCUUUGCGUCGGUCUUCGAAUGGAACUUCUUCUGCAUGGUCUUGGCCUACUAUCUCUUUGUGGUGAACUCGUUUGCCCUACCAUCAUCCCUGGGCCUCCAGAUGUUCCUGUCCCUGGUCCUUGUCAUCAUCCCUGUGGUGGGGCAACUCUACCCGACACUGGUGCCAUUCCUACUCGCCUACCGUCCCUACGCUGGCAACUGGCGCUUCCAGUGGUAUGUGCUCCACAAAGACGCCUUGUCCAAGCAUCAGAAGUUGAAGACACUGGAAGAUCCCUUCACUGGAAACAACCUUGGCUGGAUGUACAGAACCUUCUUCGGAAAGUGGGGAGAAGACAGCAGAAGUGCUAUCGAGCGAUGGGAUUAUUUCCUCACUGCCAGCAUCAUCUAUGUGCCGGCGUACCGCCCACUGGUCUCCAUCUUAGAGAAGCUCUGUGAAGAGAACAAGUGGGACAUCAAUGAUGUUCUCUUUGCCCACAGCGAGGGCUAUCAGAAUCAGGUCUUCGGUUGGUCCCUUGGGACUGGCUGGAUUGCUUCGCGCGAAUGCACCAGAGAAGCCUUCAACAAGAUAUGCCAGUUUGGGAAGGCAGAGAUGUAUUUCGUGCAGUUCGAGCCGUGCAAGCCUCUUCCCUACGGUGAGGAUCACCAUGUGAUCCAGUUCAGAUGUUUUGACGUUACGGAGGGCCCCGAGAACGCGCAGAUUCACGGUGCAGCAACUGGGGCGAAAGAGCUGGUCUUUAUAAGGUUCUCAAGUAGUUUGGCCCCAAACCCCAAGCCCUAA